UUUGCCAUUUCUUGGGUUGGGUGGGUUGUGCUCGGGUUUUAAACACCCAAUCCAAAACCAACCCGACAUUUGUUGGAUUUUCUAUUCUAUAACCCUCACCCACCCAUAUAUUUUAGUUUCGGGUGGUUUGCUCUGGUGGGUUGGGUUUCAGGUGCUUUUGUUCACCCCUAAUCCUCAAUAUUGAAUUGAACAAGUCGAUUAAUCGUGGUUAAACUGUCCGACCUUAGAAUUGAGUGAGGAAGUAAGCCGAUUACCUAUUGUCUAAACCGAGAGGGUCGAGUGACACGACAUUUCAUCCUCACCUCGGUUUAGAAAUUGAGACUGUGGUCUCCGAAUACAUACACUUUCUGCUAAGCCGUUAAUUGCACAUGUUUUUACCCCUAUUCUGGAGCCGUUUGAGAUGGUAAUUUUCGUGUUUUAGGCCGAUUUCGCGCUAGGUUGUGUUUGUUUGUGAUAUUUCAGGUCCUAGCAAGUGAAUGAAGGUUUAGGAGCGAGUUCGGGGUCGAUUGGACAAAGAUCGGGCGCGAGGGAAGUCAAAAAGGAAGCCACACGGGCACACCCACAACUCACACGGCCGUGAAAGUGACCACUUUGGCCGUGUGAGAUUGUGCGAGCCUUCACACGGCCAGCCCUGAUUGUCACACGGCCGUGUGAAGUUGCACUUUGGCCGUGUGAGAUUUUGCGAGGCUUCACACGGCCAGGCUGGGUAAGCUACACGGCCGUGUGACCCUGGCCGUGUGGGAAGCCUGAAGUGCGAUUAAUCGGAACGCGGCGUUUUGACCUCACACGGGCAACUGGGUAUGCCACACGGCCGUGUGGCCCUGCCCGUGUGAGUCGGGAAUUUCUGGUUUUUACCCAAUUUCGGGCUGAAAGUGGGAGAAUCGAGUUUUGAGAGCAAAAACAGAGCCCUGGAGAGAGAAAGUACGAAGAACACAUCCUAGAAGCUAUCUUGGAGCUGGGUUUCAUCAAAUCAAGCUUGGAGAUCGUCAUAGGAGUGGAAAUCAUCAUCCCAGAGCAGAUUUUCCUCAUCUUUAUGAGUAUGACUACUCUGUAUUUUGUUUUCCUCUCUCUCUAUGGAGUAGAAACCUUCUCUCACUUGGGUAUGAAGAACCCUAGUUCUAUGUGUUAGGGAUUUGAUUGUAAUGACUUGGGAUGAUAUUACUGCUUGGUUUUAAUCAAAUGAUGCAUGUUUAUUGAGUCAAUUGAAGUCUGAUCAGCUUUUCCUGAUUUCUGCUGCAACCUGAGAUAGAUAGAAUCUGAUUAGGUUGUUAGAGCCUCAUCAUUCGGUAGUAGGAGAUUGGCUAUACGAGAGUUAGCCAGUUUACUGCUUUGUACUGGAAUUCAAUUCCAGUAGUGGAGUUCUGUUCUUACUGCUUCAGCUUUCUAUCCCGGUGAAGACUAGUCGUCUGCCGGGUAGUUAGUCUGAGAGGGCUUGGUCAGCUUAAGAGAUUCCAAGCUAUUGUCGGAUCUUCCGCAGUCUAAUCAACAGUAAAUCAACCCAGGGAAAUUGCAUUUGAAACCUAACUAAGGAGCUAGGGGGACUCAUUCCCGAGUGACUCUUCUUUGCUUGAGAAAAUCGUACCGAUUCCUGCUUUCUUUCUGCUUUUGCUUUAACCAACUAACACUUAACUUAGUUGGCUAGAUAAUAGAUAAUCACUGAGUAAGCAGUAGAUCUAGACCCCGGGUUGAUAAUAUAACUUGCCACUUUACUGCAGUCCCAGUCUGCGAUUACACUUGGUCGCAGAUUGGUGUUGUGUUUUGGCGUGUCACUUUCCUCUUCGGUUCACGAUUAACGUGCCCAAGGCAUUCGUUACAACCCACGUAGUAUGGUAGCGGUUAAGGGGGAAGUGAAUCCCAAGUGAGUUUCCCACAAAAGAUUUUUCAAACCAAAUUACUUUUGCUUUCUUUCAUUUCAAUUGGCAAACCUUUAAACCAAAGUUUUAUCGCUAGAUAAUGAUUUCAACAACCGAAGUAGGGGUAGACGGACCGACCAGGGUCGAUAUAUAGAUACUUGCCUUAUACUACACCCUAUUAGAGCUUAAAAACUUGGGCUCUAAUUGGGGUUUCAUUUUAAUGUAGUUUCGAGCGAGUCAAGUAUCCACAAUUAAAAUGAAAAGGUCGCUUAGUGUUAGUCUAGCAUUUUCUAUCUUGCCUUUUUUGUUUAUGUUUUACGUUUCGUGUGUGUUAUGUUUACCCACUCUUCUCGUAGAAAGGUUGUUUGAUUUUGUUUUUGUGUUUUUGUUUAAGUAGGUUGAAUCAUGGAUCCCAAUGGCUUCUACAACAUGUGGGGGUAUCCACAACCACCCAAAUGGGGGUACCUCGGAGCUUCAUGGAGUAACCAAGAAAGUGGAAGCCAAGGAACCGGGUUCUAUGAUCAACCUCCCUUCCAAGAAGAACAAGCAUACCAUUGGGGAUUUCAAGAAGCUCCCCCAUAUGAAGAAAACCUCCCUCCUCAAGUUGAGGAGAAAUCCAAGUUGGAGUUAGCCAUGGAGGCUUUCAUGGCACAACCCUCAAAGAGCAAAUUAGAGUUCAUGGUGGAGCGGUUUUCUCGAGGCACGGAUGAAGAGUGCUCGAACAUGGAUCUCCCACAACCAGAAGUGAAGUCCAAGUUGGAGCUUGCCGCGGAGAAUGUUACAAGAACAAGCUCCAACACGGAUUUCCAACCCCUCCCUCCUCCCGGUUUGACACUUUUGGAGAAGGUGGAACGGGCUUGUGCAAGCUAUCACCUCUCAUUAUUGGAGGAGAACGAGGAGGUUGAAAGGGCGAGCAAUGACAACCAUGUGGAGCAAGACGAACUCACCCCAGAGAACUCCCGUGGUGAGGAUGAACAAGAAGGUUGCAUUGACGAUCCUCAUCAUCUUCCCCUUCCCGAGAGCAACCUUGAAGACCAAGACACGAGUGUGGAGGAGCAAGAGAAUCCCUUCUAUGAGCUUGCAUGGCGUCUUGCCCUCCAAAGCGUGCUUGAAGACAUGAAUGUGAAGAAGAGGUUGAAGGGGAGGAAGAAAGUAUUGAAGAGGGGGAAGAUCUCGAGUGUUCCCAAGGGGAGGAAAUUAAAGAAGAAGGAAGGGAGGUUGAGGAAGAAGAAGAAGGAGCACGCGGUGUCCGAGCAAUGGACGAGGUCGAGGUGGAUGAAUCAUCCACAAGUUACAUGUGCUAUGAAAGCUUUCCACCAGACCUCGAUGCGCUUUUGGAGAAGGACCCGUUUGCGGCUCUUUGCCAAGCCAAGUCUAAGCCAUCAGCGAUCCCCCUUGGUGGAUGCGAUGGAAGUCAAGCGAGCUUUCACUACAUGGUGUGGGGCAAAGAGAAGAAAGAAGAAGAGGUCUCAUGGGUGGAGCCUCAAAGCCACUCAAGGUCACGAGCCCUCAAUCAUGGACUCGUCCAAAGCUCGUGACUUGAGACACCACCUCACCGAUGAGAGCCUCAACUUCAAGGAGGUUCUUGGGUGGACCGAAACUUGAAGAGAAAUCGUCCGGCUCACGAUGUUAAAGAAGCGCUUGGUGGGAGGCAACCCAUCUACCAUCGGUUUGUUUGCUUUCCACUCCAAUAAGAAGACCAUUGAAGAGAUUUUGGUGGUGUUUUGGACGUGACCACUCUCUUCCGGAUCUCACCCACCCUCCGUUCCUAAGCACCAACAUUCACAGCUUGACUGGUAACAUCGUUCUAUCCCCUUAUUUUACGCCAUUGAGGGCAAUGUCGAGCUUAAGUGUGGGGGUAGUCUAUUAUGCAUGUGUGUGUGUGUGUGUGUGUGUGUGUGUGUGAAUGUUUGGUGUGAUUUUGAAUGCUUGGAGCCUAGUUGUAUGCCCAAAUUUUCAAAAUUUGAGGGCUCCAAGCAUAACAACUUCUACAUUUGCAUGAUCAUAGUGGCAUCUUGUGGUGAUUUGUUUUGAAUCUCGUGUUUAUUAUCAUGGUCUAUGGAUGAUUUUCUUGUGAUUGUGUGCAACCUAUGAUGAUGACUGAGACAUGUAUUAGGUUUGUGCAUAGGUUCAUUUCUCAUACGUUUGUGAACCGAUAGAUGUUUUGAAUCGGUUACUUGCUUUUCACAGUUGCUUAUGCAUCGAGUUUAGGGAGUUAGAACGAAUGAUUGAGCACCUAGGUAGCCAUGUGAGACUAAUGUCAUUCAUUUCGUUCUUGUGCGAUAGUUCCCCUUUGACAUGAUGUGUAGCAUUCACGUUGUUGCUAGCGAGGAAGAUGGAAGGCAUAGGUUUAGUCCACGACCCAAAUGCCGAUCUCAUUAUCCCCUAGUCAACCCUUUUGAGUCGUGUGUCUAAGGGUCACUCUCAUUUUAGGUAGCUCUCGCUAUUUGAGCUUGAUUGAUUUAGAUAGAACGACCCUACUUUUUUCAUGUCUGCACCGUUAUCGAGUCACCCUUGUGUUUGGAAGCUCCAUUCAUAGCAUUUGAGCUUAAAUGAAGUUCCGCAUGAGUGAUUUGUGUACGGUUUUGCUAAGAGGUGAAGUGAGUGUGGGGGUAGUUUUUCGAAGUGAGCAUUGUUCCUUAAGUUAAAAAAUGUGGCAUGUUUAUAGCUCUCUUUAGCCCCCAAAGAAAAGAUAAGGAAAAAAAGAGAAAAAAAGAGAUCAAUAAGAGGGCAAAGAAGAAAAAAGAGUGGCCACCAAAAAUAUAAUAAAUGUUGAACAUACUCUUAGAAGUGUUGCUUAACAUGCAAGUUUUAGGAAAACUUACAUGUUGUUUGCCUACCACACUCUUGUGCUUAAAAUUGAAAAGCAAAGGUAGCAAGAAAUAUUGUUGCGAAUGGUUUGGUGAUUGGUUGUGGUUUGGAAUAGAGGGAAGCGUGGUUUUUGUUCGUUGCUAGUGGCCAUUGACUAUGGUAGAAGGUUCUAUUCGAAACCAUAGAACCUUGUGUCUUAGGUUGAAGAUGUGGAACCUCGUGUUUUGUUUGUCACCACCCAAAAAGCCUUUUCCCAUGUCCUAGACCCUAGCCAGUCAUUUGAACCUGUGUCUAAGACCUCCGGACAAGCUAGCAACGACACCCAUCUUGUGAACUCUAAUAUUUAGAGGCUAUCUUCAUGAUAAAGGGACGUUAGGAUUGAGCGUGAAUAUGCACAUCUUUUGCAUCAAAUGGUCCUGACCCCACCGGUCGAGAGUGAGUGAUUCAUUCAUCAUGUUUUGUUCAUUUCUUAUACCUCGGUGAGGACCUAGGUUGCUCGAUCGUUCGUUCCUAUGAUGUGAUCUUCAUGCAUGAGUAACUGUGAUUGGUGAGUUGUCAAGGAAUGUUGUGUGUGGGUUCGUGAAUAAUGUGACAACUCUUCUUUUUCGUAAUCUUAAUACAGUUGAAUGUCGUUU